AUAAGCAAAAGUUUUUUAGUUAAGUUACGAGUAGAGGUAGUUCGAGCUGUAAAUUAGGGAUUUAAAGUGGGAAAAAGUUGGGGAAUUGAGAAAGUAAUUAAAGAAUGAAUUGAUGAUGUCGUGAAGAGCAAAAGAAAUUUGGUUUUUCAUGAGUAACAGUGUCGGAUAUGUAGAGAAAAAGAUCAAAUCAUCACCAAGGCGGUACAACAGUUGAAGCCAAUUCAAUUUUUUGAUGAUAUGCUCAACAUCUCCAAAUCCGUAAAAAAUAGAAAACCCAGCAAUUAAUGAAUAAAUAGGUCGCCGUCUUCCCUUGAUUCUGCGAUAUUAAUUUGUAACUGCAAUGACGUAAUGGGCGAUAAGCUUCCCAGUCAUUGAAUUUCUGAGCAUGAGCAUCUCAUUAACGGAAUAUUCAGAAUGUCCCGCCAAGAGUGUCGUCUUUGUUUUAUUAAAUCAUUUAAUACGUGAUCAAGAUUAGGAAGGGGGUUGCAGCAACCCGAAUGACUAUCGACGAGUUAAAUGAACAAUAAUAAGAUUAAUUUCAUGAGAGUACAUUUCAUAGACUUAUUUUUCCGAUUUUCAAUCCGAAAUCGAUGGGUUUCUCCAGGGUGGGCUCAAGGGGAAGAGGAGGAUGGCGAAGAAAGCGGCACCCGCCGCUCUACAAACAGAAGUUUCCACUGAUGAAGAGUGGACGAAGAUCUUGGAACGAAAGGGUCUUGUUGUUGUGGAUGUGUAUUCGGAUUGGUGUGGACCCUGCAGUGGAAUGGUCAGCAUCCUCAAGAAAAUUAAAAUGGAAAUUGGUGGAGAUCUUCUCAGUUAUGCGAUAGCUAAGUGCGACAAUAUCUCUGAUCUCGAAAGGUUCAGGGGAAAGAGUGAGCCCACCUGGAUGUUUAUUCAUAACGGAAUGAUGGUGAACUUGAUGUUUGGUGCAUACUGCCCUGAACUUCAAAAAAUGCUGACUGAUGAGAUUCAUAAAGUUCAGAAAAACGAAGAUCACGAAUUUUGUAUUCCGGUCUCAGAGAGGAGUCCUGAGGAGCAGAACCGGGUGAAGAUACUUGAAGAAGAGAGAGUUGCUAAAGAGGCUGCUAAAAAGGCGCAAAAAGAGUCCGAAGCUGUGGCACGGUAUGAAGCAGAGAUGCAUCACCUGAUGACAUCUCUCCUCGACGAAACUUGUCUACUCCUAUACCCAUGGAUCUUCAAGGAUGAAGAGGGCCACAGAAGAGACAAGAGAGCGAGUCCACCUUACGUGGAUUUAGUAGAGAAUGUUCUCCCUGAUAACUACACAGUUGAGCAAGAGAUCAGGAAGCGAUUGAAUGAAAAUUUGAUCGCCGAAAUAUUUACACAGACUGAUUGGAUAGUCACCCCGGAGGUCAAGCAACUUCUCACAGAAGGCAAAUGCAUGUUCAUGCGAUUGAAGGUGGGGGAAAACCGACCAGAAAUGGACGUGGAAAAAUAUCUGCUCAAUUUAUUGUUCGGGGAACCACGACUGCCACUUAUUGGCGACGAGAUUCCCGAGGGAUGUUUUGCAGAGCGUCAUAAGCCAGCGUCCAUCCCCAUAGGAAAAGAGAAUUUUAUAUUUCCAGUCGUCUGGGCAACACCAAACGCUCUGAAUAAAAUAGCCCUAUUUAAGACGGUAUUCAAGAAGUACCUCGACACAGCUUUCCCGUAUGAAGAUAAGACCGAAAAAGCCCCGAUAAUGGUCUUCAAGUUCGACAGCACUCGAAAAAACGAACUAAAAAUAGUCCUCGCGAUGCAAGAAUCUGAAGUCCUGCACUUCGGCAUUUUUGAGAGGGAUAAACCCGGGGAGGCGAGACUCCUAGCGAAUUCUAUUGAACAGUUCGACGCUAGUGCCGAGGAAAAGACUGGAUACGAGGCGUUCGUUUGUGUCGUAAGAAAAGUGGGUUCUGAGGCCUUCCUCACAUUUGCCGGCAUUGGUCCGUAUCAUGUGAGUGAAAAUACAGAUGUUGCCGUGGAAGAAGCUAAUGCCUAUUUUCCGGAAGUACUUCCAGCUGAUGAAGAGGAUGAUGACGAGGAGAAGAUGGAUGAUGGGGAACCGGGAGACGAAUUGGGGGAGAGUGCCGAGAAAAUCAGUUGAGAUCCAUGACCAAUAAAUUUGUCAUUAAUGUAAAGCGCUUGUAUUGCAAAAAUUUAUAACUUGAAGUUUCAAAUACAUUUAUUGUUAUUAUCUUCUAUGAAGACAGUUUCAAAUGAUGAGAUUGAACGAUAUUUGGAGAAAAUAAAUGGACAUUGCUUUACUGUCAUAAACCAUGAGAUUUUAACGGUCAAACCCUUUAAGGGUACUGUUGAGUUUUUAUAUAAUUUUACGAUGUAAAUUAAUGUUUAUGUAAAUGAUGUGAAAUUAGUCUAAAAAUUAUUUUAUUUUCAUGUAAUUUGAACUCUAUUGUUAUUGAAAAAAAUCUACAGGAAAAACCCAAAUUGAAAAAAUAAUGACAAAAAAUACGAUUAUCACAAUUUAUUUCCUCAGAGUUUUUCUACAAAAAAGGGGAAAAAAUUACUCGAGGCAGAAUAAAUAUAGUGGUCGUCUAUUUCUUGUAACCGCAGCUACGCCUGCGACCACGAGCCCUCUCGAAUUUUCUGCCCUUCGAGCGAACCAGGGGUUUGGUAUGAGAGUGCGGUACACCAGGAGCUGGUCCAAAGUGCUUAACGGCUUCUCGUGCGUUACGGCGUCCUUGCACAAGUACUGUCUUGUUUCCUGUAGGUGCUCUUAGCGCCAAUUGAUCGAAGGUGAUGAUU